GUGAACCAGUACAGGUGCUGGCAACCAUACAGCUGUUACCAUUGACCUUUUUGCUGUACAUAGCAAGUGCCUGCAUGAGAACCUUGAUUGAUUAAUUAAUUGCUUGUUUAGGAAGGGAGAGGAGAGAUUUUAGGGAAGAAAUUGGAUGGGCACUAGGCAAGAGAAAGCUGGAGAUAGUAAAGGCAUAUUCCACAAGGAUCCCUUGUUGUUGCCACAGUAACAUCCCACCAUGAGGGAAUACAAGCUAGUCGUAUUGGGCAGUGGUGGUGUAGGCAAAAGUGCAUUGACGGUCCAGUUUGUCCAAGGUAUCUUUGUAGAAAAGUAUGAUCCUACAAUAGAAGAUAGUUACAGGAAGCAAGUAGAAGUAGAUGGCAACCAGUGUAUGCUAGAGAUCUUGGAUACAGCCGGCACUGAACAAUUUACAGCCAUGCGUGACCUGUACAUGAAGAAUGGCCAAGGGUUUCUCCUGGUAUAUUCCAUCACAGCCCAGUCCACCUUUAAUGACCUCCAGGACCUGAGAGAACAGAUCCUCAGAGUGAAGGAUACGGAAGAUGUUCCCAUGAUCCUUGUGGGUAACAAGUGUGACUUGGAAGACGAGAGAGUUGUGGGCAAAGACCAAGGACAGAAUUUGGCAAAAGCUUGGAACUGCGCCUUCCUAGAGACCUCAGCAAAGUCAAAAAUUAAUGUCAAUGAAAUAUUCUAUGACUUAGUUCGCCAGAUUAACAAGAAAAGUCCUCAUAGAAUGCAGGGCAAGGAAAAGAGCAAGUGCUGUUGUCUUCUCCUUUAGAAUACAGCAGGAUUUGAACAUUGACAUCAUUUCAUAAAAGAAGCCAAAAAACUUGGGACUUUACAAUAUUGUGCAGAUGGUGGAACCUCUUAUGACAACGGGACUUUCAAUUCCAAAAGAUGUCACUAAAAAGGACAUGCAUGACUUUAUGAUAGGUCUUUGAUUGGUCAUAAAUAGCCCAAUCACGCUACCAGAAACUAAAGUUUCCUUAUCAAGAUCAAGAUCUCUGACACAUGGAACUACUUUCCAUUGCUGCUUUGAAACCAGAUAUUUCGACUGCGUGGUCAGCGUAAGAAAUUUUGGAAGUGUCAUGAAUUUUUCUGGAAAGUGUUUUAUGUUGCCAUCAGGAUUGCUUUCACAAUGGGAAAAUAAUUUAUGAUACAAAUUUAUGAUAACAGUUGUAUAUAUAAGAAUAACUGUCAACCUUUGAAUCAGGCCUUCAACUUGACCUUUCAUUUUACUGCUACAGGGCAGAAGUUGCUUUAAAUUCAGAAAAUGGUUGGUUGGAUGAAAACAACUAUAGUUA